UGUGAGCUGCAGUAUUGAAGGAUGUCUGGACGAGGAAAGGGCGGAAAGGGUUUGGGAAAAGGAGGCGCUAAGCGCCACCGCAAAGUGUUGCGGGACAACAUCCAGGGCAUUACUAAGCCUGCGAUUCGCCGCUUGGCUCGUCGUGGCGGAGUGAAGCGUAUCUCUGGCUUGAUCUAUGAGGAGACUCGCGGGGUGCUGAAGGUUUUUCUGGAAAACGUCAUCCGGGAUGCCGUGACUUACACCGAGCACGCCAAGAGAAAGACCGUGACCGCCAUGGACGUCGUGUACGCUCUGAAGCGCCAAGGCCGUACUCUGUACGGAUUUGGUGGCUAAAUAUUACAAUUGUGAGUUGAUCAAAGUAAUCAAAAGGCCCUUUUAAGGGCCACCCACCUUCUCAUAAAAAAGCUGAGU